GUUGACCAGAAUUUUCUCAUUGUAUUUCUCUGGUAAUGGCCAAGUUAUUAGAUAAUAAAAGUUCUCUCACUCGGACAUGUCUCUCUCUUUCUCUCAGAGAUCACAGAAGAAAGAGAGGAGUAAAUUUGUGAAUUUCAGGCUCGUCGAUGAUUGUGAUCAGAUCGUCUAGCUCGUACUCUCGCGUGCUGCUACAGAUUUCUUCAGUAGAAUUCGUUUUUUAUUGAGCUAUAUGAAAGCUUCACUGCUUCUCAUCAUCCUUUCUUCUUUCUUCUCUCUUCUUCUUUCUUGACCAUUCUCAGGCUCUGCGCCGGCUACGCUUCGACAACUCGAUUGAGCUCCAUGAAAGCUUCACUGCUUCUCAUCAUCCUUUCUUCUCUCUUUUCCUUUCUUGACCAUUCUCAGGCUCUGCGCCACCCACGCUUCGACAACUCGACCGACCAAGAUGCUCUACUCUCAUUCAAAUCCCACGUAACCAAAGAUCCGAGUGGAGUGUUGGAUGGUUGGAACCCAAACACAUCUUUUUGCACCUGGCCAGGAGUCCUAUUCAAUCCCAACAAGAACAGGGUUACUGGUCUGAGUCUUAGAAACCUUUCUUUAACUGGAACUAUCUCUCCCCAUAUCACUAAUCUUUCUUUCCUCCGCUCUCUCGACCUGCAAAAUAACAGCUUUCAUGGUGCCAUUCCUAUAGACAUCGGCAGGCUUUUUCGUUUGGAGUCACUUAUUUUAGCUUCUAAUCACAUUGAUGGAAGCAUCCCUCUAUCUCUCAGCUAUUGUCUAAGGCUUCGAGUCGUUGAUCUAUCGAAGAAUCGGCUCAAAGGAGCAAUACCUUCUGAAUUGGGUAAUCUGUCAAAGCUUCAGGAUUUGAGGUUCAGAAGCAAUAAUCUAACAGGUUCCAUCCCUUUCUCACUGGGCAACCUUUCUUAUCUUAACAAUCUCAUUUUGAUCUCAAAUAAUCUUCAGGGGCCAAUUCCAAGUGAGCUUGGCCAGCUGACUCGCCUUCAGCGGCUAAAAUUGGCGGACAAUGACCUAUCGGGUGUGAUCCCUGCCUCACUCUUUAAUAUGUCUUCUUUAAUUUUUUUUACCUUGGCAAAGAAUCGUAUUUCAGGACGUCUCCCAUCUGACUUGUUUUGGUCCCUGCCUAGUUUAGAAACCUUGUUUGUAGGAGGGAAUUUGCUCGAAGGAGAUGUCCCUUCAUCUCUUUCCAAUGCUUCAAACCUCGAGUUCGUUGAUCUAUCAACCAACCAGUUCUCUGGGCAAGUCCCUUUGCUUUGGAAUCUUCCAAAUCUUCUCUUUUUGAGUCUUGAAAUCAAUCAAUUGGUCAGUGAAGGCAAACAUGGGCUCGACUUUCUUACUUCUCUGGCCAACUCUACUUCUCUCCGAGCGUUAUCUAUUGCUACUAAUCAGUUAACCGGUGAGCUUCCCGCUUCGAUGGGAAACUUGUCUAGGCAGCUGUCUGAGUUGUUUAUGGGGGAAAACCAUUUUGAGGGAAACAUCCCUGAAAGCAUUGGAAAUUUGGCUGGCCUAACUCUGCUGUCUUUGGAAUUAAAUUCUUUCUCCGGAAAAAUUCCUUCUGCGAUUGGGAAUCUUCAAAAUUUGCAGAUCCUAAUCUUGGACUUGAACUUUUUAUCUGGGUCUAUACCUGAAUCGCUAGGAAACUUGAGUCACUUAUAUGAACUGGGUUUGAGUACAAACAGCCUGACAGGCAGCAUCCCUACAAUCCUAUUAAACUGUCAACAUCUGCAAAGGCUCGAUCUCUCAAUCAACAGUCUCGAUGGCAACAUACCCAAAGAAAUCUUUGGCUUCCCCAGUCUAGGAGUACUUUUUAAUAUUUCGUGGAACUCUCUAACUGGGGUUUUGCCUGCUGAAAUUGGCAACUUGAAAAUGGUGCAAAAUUUGGAUAUCUCUAAGAACAAUCUGUCAGGAGCAAUUCCAUCCACAGUGGGUGAUUGUUCAAACUUAAUGUACUUGGAUAUGUCUAGCAACUCCUUCCAAGGACACAUUCCCACUUCAUUAACUAAUUUAAAAGGCAUAGAAUACAUUGACCUUUCUUCCAACAAUUUAUCUGGUCCAAUCCCUUCUUCACUGAAAAGCCUUCUCUACCUCAAGCUUUUGAACCUCUCCUCCAACAGGCUUCAGGGAGAGGUACCCAAAGGAGGCAUCUUUCUUAACUCAUCUAGUGUUUUUCUCACUGGAAAUUCUGAGAUUUGUGGGGGAAUUCCCGAGUUUGGUUUAUCUGCAUGUUCUACUUCUAAAAACCACUCCCAUGCAUCGAGAAAGGCUUUAAUUAUAGGAGUAAUUGCGGGCUCAACAGCCAUACUUUUUCUCAUUUUGUUCUGCAUCUUCAUAACAUUAUAUGUGAGGAGGAAUAGGCAGAUUGGUUCAAGAGGCACAAGUGUCAUAUCAUUUGAGGGUCCUCACAGGUUUUAUUCCCUUUAUGACAUAAAAUCUGCGACCAAUAAUUUCAAUGACCAGAACUUGAUAGGGGAAGGAAGUUUUGGCUCCGUGUACAAGGGAGUAAUGAGAGAUGGGACUUUGGUUGCUGUGAAAGUCUUCAACAUGGACCUACAUGGAGCUUCCAAGAGUUUUCUGGCUGAGUGUGAAGCCCUCCGGAACAUACGGCACCGAAACCUUGUCAAAAUCUUGACUGCUUGCUCAAGUAGCACAUUCAAAGCUCUGGUUCUGCAGUUUAUGCCAAAUGAAAGCUUGGAUAGGUGGCUUCAUCAUGAGAGAGGAGAGCAAAAGAAGGUGCUAACUCUAAAACAAAGACUGGAAAUAACCAUAAAUGUUGCAUCUGCAAUGGAGUACCUUCAUCAUGAAUGCGAAACGCCCGUGGUGCACUGUGAUCUCAAACCAAGCAAUGUUCUCCUCGACCAAGACAUGACCGCUCAUGUUGCGGACUUUGGGCUUGCAAGAAUGCUUCGUGGGACUGCUUCAAAUCAUCACACAAGUAGCUCCGUAGGCUUGAAAGGGUCUAUUGGCUACAUUGCACCAGAAUAUGGUUUUGGUGGCAACGUGUCAACGAAAGGGGAUGUGUACAGUUAUGGGAUCAUUCUGCUAGAGAUGUUCACAGGAAAGAAGCCAAUAGAAGGGAUGUUCAGUGGAGAAAUGACCCUUCAGAAGUGGGUGGGGGCAGCAGUUCAGGAGCAAGUGGUAGAGAUUUUGGAUGAUGGCUUGAGAGAAUGCUGUAAAGAGGGGGUUGUAUCUGAUAGCUUAAGCUCAAUCUUGAAGAUUGGAUUAUCAUGUGCAAGUGAGGCGCCUGAAGACAGACCAGACAUGAAAGAUGUCUCUGCAAUGAUCAAAAGAGCUAUGACCAUGGUGAUCCAUGGAGUUAGAAGGAGUGAACUUCAUGGUGAUCCAUCAAUAUAGGGAAGACAAUAAUGCGCUUGAUUUUCUCGAAGGAGAAAUGGGAAACAAUGUUAUCUACAAAGAACAAUAUCUUUUAUCACGUUCUCUAAAAAGUAUCUUUUGGAUGGAUAAGUUGGGUCUCACUUCCCUUUGUUAGUAGUUCAUCCUCUAGAUUUUUGUUUAGUUGGUUUAGAUUUUCUGAUUUUAGUUUAUUUUAUUAUUUUUGUUUUUGAUAGGCCUGUUUAGUUUUGUUUCUUAUUUAAUUUAUUUGGAUUUGUAGUCCUAUUUUGGUUGGUUGCUGGUGUUAUUUUUGGGAGGCUUUUAAUGUCUUUUUUAUCUA